AUGGAAGAGCAAGAUCGGGGGGAACUGAUUACAUCUGUCUACGCGGUGCAUUCGGCCCUCAGCCUGUACUCGCAAGGUCGCAAAGGGGAUGAAGGGACCUAUUUCCCUCGAAAUUGGGGAAACUGUUCCAACCGCCGAAAACUCUGGAUCGCUUCUCUCGUCGAGUUGCUCACUCCAGUCGACUUUGAGCAUAUUGUUGACUCAGCCCGGAUGAUCAACAUCGUACCCAUCUCACCCAUUCCAGUGGAAUCAUACGACGCAGCUGGGGAUUUGGCUAUCUUCUCACAGGACCUGCUCGUUACGGGUAAAGAAGUCGAUGCUGCGGGUGCCAGUGGCCACUUUAUGGGUGAAGACAGAGACGAAGACGAGUCAUGUGUAUCUGACGACGCCUAUGACCGUUUCGGCAAUCAAAAACCGCAGAAUGCGUAUAGUCAAGACCUGCCAGAUGGUUGGAAGCAUCUCGCUAUUGACAGGUACGAAGAUCUCUGGGAUGAAUGGAAAUAUCUUGGAUAG